CCAUGAACAGAAACAUGUUGUAACAAUCAGAACACGUUAUUGGAAUAUCGGUGAUUUACUCGUAAAAAUGCUGCAAAAAUCCAACAUACUCCUUAUCCGGGAUGCGAUAAGAGUUUUUUCAGCUCAGGUGCACUUGAGUUCCGUGACUCAAAGACCAAACAUAAUCCAGGUCCCCAAGGGAAUCAUCACCAAACUAGAGACCAUCAAGAAAUCCAGGGGCGCCAUCAAGUGGCGAGGACGAGUCUUCAAUGCUCGUCCAGGGAAAGAAUUAAUCUUCGCCAAGAGGAAGGAGUUUAACUACUAUCAGAAUCAAACUUAUGAUAAAUUUAUACCCCCAAAGCUCGCUAGCGAUGGUUGGAAACACAAAGGGUCGUGUGGGGAUCAUUUUACUAUCCUUGCCUACAGAGGGAAUCCAUCAGUGCAGGACAGUGAGGAUGGCUCCAGUAAACCAGUUGAUUUUGAGAGUCUGACGCUAAAUAAGACCCUAUUAGAAACGCUUCAGUCGAUGGAGGUUUCAUCACCGACAAGAAUUCAAGCUGCUGCCAUUCCAUCUAUUCUACAAGGGAGAAAUGUUUUAUGUGCAGCUGAAACAGGUAGCGGCAAAACCAUGACAUAUUUAUUACCCAUCAUACAUCUGUUGCUGUUGGAUACAUCGAAAAAUGGUACAGUUGCAAAAGCCGGGCGACCGAGAUGUUUGGUACUGGUGCCAGCGUGGGAACUUGCCGAACAAACCAAGGUUGUUGCCAAGACAUUGUUGGCAAAUACAAGUCUAAAUGUAAGACAUCUAGAUGGCCAGAAGGUAACCAAGACACUCAAGAAUACCUUCCUCUCACCGGUGGAUAUUCUCAUCAGUACACCUGGACCCAUCCUGAAUUGUCUCAGACGGGAGUUUGUAUCUCUUGAGGGUGUGACUCACAUCGUCAUCGAUGAAGCUGAUACAAUGUUGGACGAUAGUUUCUCAAGGAGUACUCUCAAUAUCCUUGGGAGGAUGCAUGUGAGCACCUUGCCUCAUUCUAAACAGAAACCACUGCGUGAGACUCAAAUGAUCCUGACUGGUGCUACAAUGCCGAAACAAGCAGCCAACACACUGAAAGAGAUUCUGCCGGAGACAGCUCUGGAGAUCAUAGCAACUCCUCACCUUCAUCGCAUCAUGCCGCAUGUCAACCAAAAAUUCAUUCGGUUACACUCUCAAGACAAAGCAGCAACAAUUUUAGGAAUUGUGACUCGGGAUUGUAAGCAGAGAGUGCCUGUCAUGAUCUUCUGCAAUGAGAUCACUACAUGUAAUUGGCUGGCCUGGUUUCUUGAGGAGAGUAACAUCAAAGUGCUGAGGUUGAAUGGUGAUAUGGAUCCAGAGGAACGGGUUGGGAUAGUAAGUUCUUUCCAAACAGGAGUUAGUAAUGUCUUGGUUUGCACGGACAUCGGUUCAAGAGGCAUGGACAUGAUCCAGGUAAGGCACGUCGUCAACUUUGACUUUCCGACUUUCAUGUCAGACUACAUCCACAGAGUGGGCAGGGUGGGGCGAGUGAACAGCAGUGGCAUUGGACAUGUGACUAAUUUUGUUGUGCAGAAGUGGGACGUGGACUUGGUGAAAGCCAUUGAGAGAGCUGUAAGAGUUCGGGAGAAUCUUCCUAGAGUUGAUGCUAACAUCAAGCAGAAGCAUGUAAGGAGACUGGUUGACAAUGAUGAAACCAACAUGUUCUUACGCUAACAAUGUGUUCACUAAGAAUAAACUAUAAAUAUUAGUAAACUUGCAGGUACAACCAUGUAAUAAAUCUCUUUUGAAGGAGUGUUGGCUCUAAAAACAGCCGGUUUGGUCUUGAUGUUUUGUACCUUGCUUGUCUUCAAGAGACAGCUUGAAUGUCAGUGGUGAUGCUGCUUAUGUGUUUACUCAUUACGCACCAUGAUCCUAAGACAUAUCUUUGUACAUGACAGAAUUUGUGUUGGAAUAAUAUAACUGUCGAAAUAAUAUAAAUAAAAUAAAUAAUAAUAAUAAUGAUAAUAAUA